AUGACUUUACGUCUCAGUGACUGAAUUAUACACACAUUUUGAAAAAUCUGUGGAAUUGCCUUUAAAACGCAAGCGAUUCCCUUUAUUGCUCUGUUGGAGGUGGACUUACAGAUUUCCUGUGGCCUAAAUAAAUAGGAAGAAUACUCGCGAAAAUCACAUCUACAUACUUUACUUUUAACGUAAGUCAGUGGAACCAGACGUUUUGGGCCGUUUGUUUUGGUCCAUUCAUCUUGAAAUUUACACAUACUAUAAAGGACAAAAGGUGUCUAUAAAAGUGUCUUCAAAUUAUGUCAAAACCUGAAAAACAACAAAAAUGGAGAUAAGAGGUUUUAGUCUAGAAGCAGCAUAUUUAUACAUGCCCUUUUCUUUAACAUUGAGUAAUUUACAGGCUGGUUAAAGGAACUCUCCAACAUUGUGCAUCCUCAUCCCUGUCUACCGCAUCUGUACUGUGUGGUUGAUUACUGUGGAUUCAUUUUGAGGUGUCCCUGUACUGAGAAAGAACAGAACCUGCUGACUCCAAUAGAAGCAAGUGGGCAGUUGCUUCCUGGACUGUAGACUCUCUAUGUAUCGACUCUUCUUGCAUUAUGCGAUCAAGCAGGGAGGGAGGAAGGGAUGGAGAAAUAGAAGCUGAGGGACAUGUAUGGGGAGGAGGGGGGGAGUGAUAUUUAAGCCCUCCAGAUACUCUCUCCUCAUCCAUUCCUCCGCUCUCUUGCUGUCUAUCCGUGUCUCUCGCUCUUCAUCACAGACAAAAGAGGCUCUUCAGAAACACUCAGUAGCUUGGCGAGCCUGGAGACAGAAGAACCAAGAUGCCACGAUCAAAAUGUGAUAUCAUGUCCAAAGAACCAAGCACCAACCUGGAGAGCGCCAUGCAGAUGCUCAUCAAGACCUUCCACAAGUACUCGGGGAAGGAAGGUGACAAGUACACACUCAGCCGAGGGGAGCUGAGAGAACUGCUGACGGAGGAGCUGGGCAACUAUUUAGGGAAUGCACAAGAUAAAGACGCAGUGGAGCGAGUGAUGAACGACCUGGACGCCAACAACGACGGCGAGGUAGACUUCACCGAGUUUAUUAUCCUCAUGGGGGCACUGACUGUGGCCUGCAAUGACUUCUUCCUCGACAGCCCGCCCCCUAAGGUCAAGCCUGAUGCCAAGGGUGGUGCCUCAACGGAGGGAGAGAAGAAAGAGUAACUUGGGUUCGAGAGGGGGAUGUGGCAGGUUGUGCAGUAGAAGAGAGAACAAUGAAGGGGAGCUCAUUCUUUCACCUAUUUCUGUAAUCUGCAGUGACAGGCCUAGUUCCUUGAGGAGAUCCCUCUAGUUUGGUAUCAAUUAGUUGACCCAUAAUCAUGUUUAUCAUUAGAAUACAAUAUAAAACCUUAAGGUUCCUAAGUGGAUUGGAUGUAUGGUUCUGGGAAAAACCUUUACAUUAUAUGGUUCUUUAAACUUCUUCAUAGUCUUGCAUGCCUUUUGCAAAAGUGGUUUCAAGAACCAUCCAUUGAACGUUUCUUUAAGGAAGCAAAUUAGGUUCCUCUAUGAUUUUGCAUCAUAAAGAACCCUUUUGGCACCUUUAUUUCUAAGACUGUAUACCCUGAAGACAUGAACAGGUAGACUUUCAGCAAUGCCAGGAACAGGUUUGCCCUGCCCUAAAAUAAUCUACCCCAGAUAAACAGGAAAACACUGAAGUAUCGUGGUUAUUGUUCAAAGUAGAGGCUCCUUAGGGUAAAUGGGUAGGUUCUGUUUAAAGGUAUAUUCUGUGAUUUUAAAACAUAAGGCCACUUGAUUUGCAGCAAAGUUCUCUAUGAAUUUGAGGUUCCUUCAAACUCAUAGAGAGCCUUACAUGUGGAAAAACAACAGCCAGUAAUAGCAAACUACAUCAUUUGAAGCUGUACAGCCUUUGUGCAACAUCACUGUUAAUAAUCAGUGAAAUAGAAAAGAUCAUAAUGGCUGUAAAAUCACAGAAUGUGGCUUCGAAGUCCUAUCAGAGGAAACUAUUAUGGAAGAAAAACUAUAAUAAACACUCUUCAUUGUUUAAAGUGGAACCACAUCCAGAAGAAGAUGAAUGGUUACAGUGUGGAUGCUGUCCAUACAUGCAAUAUUAACCAUAUUAUCAGUGUUGAAUAUAUGAAUGUUUCACUUCUUUCUUGGCACCUAUUUUGUAGCCUGUUUUGGUAAGUGUUCGUAUGUAUCUUUCUCAUUAGAAUAAAUGUCUCAUUGAUCUUGA